CUGUCCGCCCGUGCCCCGCUCGCCGCCCGCCACGAGCAGCCCCAGGUGUCGCCCAAGAAGGGCUUGGCGCUGAGCAACAAGGAGAACACGCCCCCCACGCUCAGCAGCGCCCGUGUGCUGGCCAGCAAGACGGCCCGCAAGAUCUUCCAGGAGGGUGACGGCAAUCCGGUGCCGCGGGGCGUGGAGGAGGAGGAGCCGCUGCUGCGGGAGAACCCCCGCCGCUUCGUCAUCUUCCCCAUCCAGUACCACGACAUCUGGCAGAUGUACAAGAAGGCCGAGGCCUCCUUCUGGACGGCGGAGGAGGUGGACCUUUCCAAAGACCUCCAGCACUGGGAGUCCCUGAAGCCUGAGGAGAAGUACUUCAUUUCUCAUGUCCUCGCCUUCUUUGCUGCCAGUGAUGGCAUUGUCAACGAGAACUUGGUGGAGCGGUUCAGUCAAGAAGUACAAAUCACAGAAGCUCGUUGUUUCUAUGGCUUCCAGAUUGCCAUGGAAAAUAUACAUUCAGAAAUGUACAGUCUUCUUAUUGACACCUACAUUAAGGAUUCCAAGGAGAGGGAAUUUCUUUUCAAUGCUAUUGAAACGUUGCCAUGUGUUAAAAAGAAGGCAGAUUGGGCCAUGUGCUGGAUUGGGGACAAGAAAGCAACAUAUGGAGAACGCGUAGUAGCCUUUGCAGCUGUGGAAGGAAUCUUCUUUUCUGGCUCUUUUGCAUCAAUUUUUUGGCUGAAGAAAAGAGGAUUAAUGCCUGGACUCACUUUUUCUAAUGAACUCAUCAGUAGAGAUGAGGGUUUGCACUGUGAUUUUGCCUGCCUGAUGUUCAAGCACUUGAUACACAAACCAUCAGAGGAGAGAGUAAAGGAAAUCAUCAUGAAUGCUGUCCUCAUAGAACAGGAAUUCUUGACAGAGGCGCUGCCUGUGAAGCUGAUUGGCAUGAACUGCACUUUAAUGAAACAGUACAUCGAGUUUGUGGCAGACCGGCUUAUGUUGGAGCUGGGAUUUAACAAGAUAUACAAAGCAGAGAAUCCUUUUGACUUCAUGGAAAACAUCUCUCUGGAAGGCAAGACAAAUUUCUUUGAGAAGCGAGUAGGUGAAUACCAGAGGAUGGGAGUCAUGUCGAAGCCCACAGACAACUCUUUCACCCUGGAUGCGGAGUUUUAAGUGACCUGGACCCACGUGCAUUAAUGUGCCUCCUGCCCUGCUUACAGGGAAACACUCAGUGAGCUGAGUCAGUGUGACUUGGGUGCUGUGCUGAAAUCCCACUCUCGGAAAGUGUGGUGAUACUGCUAUACUUUAGAAGGCUGGUGUAGCUCCAGCAGUAAAACCCCUUUUAAUUAGAUUUUACCAAUGGUAUUAAUGCAUAGGAUGCU